CCACCCAGGCAACACAAUGUUUGUAUCCGGGUCAGAGGACAGUAAUGGCGGCGACCAUGGAGAAAGCAGCCGGCAUGAGUAAUAUGCUGCAGUUUAUGAAACUUAUCGGACAGCUCAAAAGAGUCCCAAGGACAGGCUGGGUGUACAGGAAUGUGAAGAAACCUGAAAGUGUGUCAGACCACAUGUACCGCAUGGCCAUGAUGUCUUUGACCAUCACAGACCCCACAGUGGACAAGAACAGAUGCAUAAAGCUGGCUCUGGUUCAUGACAUGGCUGAGUGCAUUGUGGGAGAUAUUGCUCCAUUUGACAACAUCAGUAAAGAAGAGAAACACAGGCGAGAGGAGGCAGCAAUGAGACAUCUAUCAGGUCUCCUGCCUGAGGGACUCAAACAGGAGAUUUAUGGACUGUGGGAGGAGUAUGAAACCCAGGGCAGUCCAGAGGCCAGGUUGGUGAAAGAGUUUGACCUCCUGGAGAUGAUCCUGCAGGCUCACGAGUAUGAGGAGCUGGAGGGAACGCCGGGUAGACUGCAGGAGUUCUUUGACUCCACCAAGGGUCGUUUCCAGCACCCAGACGUGCUGGAGCUCCUCAGCUCUUUGAAUGCAGAGAGAGAAUGCCACACCAAAACACAUGAUGCACAGACGUCACCAUCAUCUUCAUCAGCCUCUUCCCAGCCAAGUACAACACCACACACCUCCUGAUGGCUGUCACACACACACACACACACACACACACACACAGACACAGACACAGACACACACACACACACACACACACACACACACACACACACACACACACACACACACACACACACACACACACACACACACACACACACACACACACACACUGGAAUGUUACACCAAAAGUGUGUGUGAACAACAGGUAUGCAAAAAAACGCAUCACAGGACACGCCUACUUUUGAGGUGUUGAGGAAGAUACCUAGAUAUUGAACAGUUUUUAUUAGCCCGUCAUCCCUCCUGUUUUACCUCAGUGCUUCGCUCCAGUGUUUGUGACGGCAUGUUUUAAUAAAGCACUUUAGAGGACACUAACUGCACCACUAUCCGUAUUAAAUGCAUUGUACUCAGACGACAAAUGCAAAAACUGCCAAACGAUAUCCAAAUGCAAUAAAGUCUCAAAAUAUUAUCAUGUAAUUUAAUAUGGUUUGAAAAUUAAAUAAGACUUCUUUUAUAAUCGCAUUAGUUGGGAAAUCUGCUCCUUUAACUCUUAAGUUGAUUAAACUGCUCAUAUAUAGAGAAACUACUAAAGUAUUCAAACAUUAAUUUGCGUUAACAGGCUUUAAUCCUCUGACAAAUACAUUUAGAAACACUGUUUACGUUACUCUACAAUACGAUUAUCCAAAAGGAAAGUGCAGUGUGGUUGGUGAUAACAGCAUACUGUUAAAAAACGACACAACAGUUGUCAGAUGUGGAUGUUCUUUAAAGUAUGCUGCACAUUUUUUACAGAAACUGUCGUACGAUUGGUUCUUUAACCUUCGUUUUGCAUCGUUAUCAGUAAGAGUGCUUCAUGUAAUAUCAACGUUUGUGUUAAUUUAAACUAUUUUUAAUAUCCGUACAUUAACCAUAGACACAGUCGUUUAUAAUGGUGUGUGAUUAGUUGCAUACAGGUUUAAAAAAAACGAAAAAAACAACAACCUUAUCUGAAUGUAACAAAUUAUGUUUGAGAAACAAGACAGUGAUGCAGAGUUGACUUGAAGUCCAACCCAACA